AUGACUGCUGCCCAGAACCGCCUUGGCGAGCCGGGGAGCGGGUCUGCCAGUACGACCAAGGCAUUUGACGGCCUUUCCAAGGGAUCUAACUCAACAGUGGCCAGCCGGGAGUGGGAAAGACAUUCACAGCGGAAGCGCUCUCUGAACACUUCCACCGACCCCUAUAUGGUAUGUAAGAUUGACGAGCUCAAGGGCCAGCUCAUGCUGACGUCACAGAUUUCGGCCAGCGAAGUGAGCUUGGAUGCAGCAGAACUGGAAAGGCAGCUCGGUCGUAUCUUCCAGACUGCAAAAGCGUGGAAAACCCUACUCUUGCUGGACGAAGCGGAUGUCUUUCUUCAGGCGCGUUCCCAGCUGACUCUCGAACGGAAUCGCCUUGUGGCCAUCUUUCUUCGCAAAAUGGAGUUCUUCGACGGCGUCUUCUUCCUGAUCACUAACCUAAUCAACGACUUCGAUGGAGCAAUUCUGAAUAGAAUUCACUUGAGGAUGAAAUACGAAGACCUGGACAAAAAAGCGAGGCAGAUCGUGAUUGCCCAAUCACUCGAAAAGGGUUACACACAAACUAUGGCUCAAGGAGAUUCCAAGAACCACGAUGGUGCCGAGAGCCACAUCUGUAUCGAUCUGCUUAUACCGCGACCCAGCGUCGAAUAUUUUAUUGACCUCGUUCACCAGGAUCGCGCGUCGUUCCUCCUCGGCCAUAAUUUGAUAUCGUUCCACGGCGGUUGGUAA